AUGGGGAUUAAGGGACUUUCGCAGGUGAUUGCGGAUAACGCACCGUCUGCAAUCAAAGUCAGCGAAAUUAAAGCAUUCUUUGGAAGAAAAGUGAGUUUUUUCUUGGGAUUUACAUUGUUUUUUAUAUCAAAAAAAGAUCCGUUCGACACGAAGAUUUCACAAUAUUCCAGGUGGCAAUCGAUGCGUCGAUGUGUCUGUACCAGUUUCUAAUUGCCGUACGUCAAGACGGAUCUCAAUUGCAAAGCGAAGACGGAGAAACGACGAGUCAUCUGAUGGGAAUGUUCUACCGAACCAUCCGGAUGAUCGAUAACGGAAUCAAGCCGGUCUACGUUUUCGACGGAAAACCGCCAGAUAUGAAGAGCGGAGAGCUCGAGAAGAGAACCGAACGACGUGCGGAAGCGGAGAAGGCAUUGACGGAGGCGAAGGAAAAGGGCGAAUUGAAAGAUGUGGAGAAGUUCGAAAGAAGACUCGUCAAAGUGACGAAACAGCAAAACGAGGAAGUCAAGAAACUACUCGGUCUGAUGGGGAUCCCGGUGGUGGAGGCGCCGUGCGAGGCCGAAGCCCAAUGCGCUCAUCUCGUGAAGGCCGGAAAAGUGUACGGAACAGCCACGGAAGAUAUGGACGCACUCACCUUCGGAUCGACUGUCCUCUUGAGGCACAUGCUGGCUGCGGAAUCGAAGAAGAUCCCGAUCAAGGAGUUCAACCUGGCCCGCGUGCUCGAAGAUAUGAAGCUGACUGAAGAGGAAUUCAUUGAUCUGUGCAUUCUGCUCGGAUGCGAUUACUGUGGAACCAUCCGAGGUGUCGGACCGAAAAAGGCUGUCGAACUCAUCAAACAGCACAAAAACAUCGAGACCGUGCUCGAGCAUCUCGACAAAACAGUGAGGAAUCAUUCAAAGUUCGGGCGCGAUAAUCGUCUUGCUUUCAGAAGUAUCCACCUCCGGAGGAUUGGCCAUACAAACGUGCUCGUGAGCUCUUCCGUGAGCCGGAUGUACAGAAGGGCGAAGACGUGGAACUGACGUGGAAAGAGCCGGACGUCGAGGGAAUAGUACAGUUCAUGUGCGGAGAGAAGAAUUUCAAGUAGGUUCACACACCCAUCCACCCGCUUUCAUUUAAGUAUUUCAGCGAGGAACGCAUCCGAUCGUCUCUAAACCGAAUGCAAAAGAGCCGGAAUGCGGGCACACAAGGACGCAUCGACUCGUUUUUUAAAGUCUCGUCGCAAGUGCAAUCUGUGACGGCGUCCAAAAGAAAAGCUCAGGAAGAAGCGGAGAAACAGAAGAAGGGCGGAAAGAAGGGAGCGCCGCCGAAGAAGAAGGCCAAGUAA